CAUCUCUUCUUUCAGAGGAAUUACCGAAAUUGCGUCACCGGAAGUGACGUGUAUGGUCGUCCCGCAUACGGCUCCGCCUCUUCCUCCUCCUGUUGUUGAUACUAAGCCCGCUCCAGUCUACGCUCUUACAGGCGGUGUCCUUUUUUCCUCGUCCACAGAAAAGAUGGCGGAAGCUGUAUUGAUUGAUAUGUUCAGUCUUGAAUUCACUUCUCAUCAUUGCAUUAAACAGUUUUUGGAUGCGGCAAUGAAAAUUGUUCUAUUGAAAAGUGGUACUGCCGCUUCCAGCAUUUACAUCAUAUACUGUCAGAGCUUUGGAUGUGACAAUAAUGAUGCCAGAGAUGUGUUUCUUCAUGCCAUCAGGGCUUUCCAAGGCUUGAGGAAGCACGUUGAACUCAUCAGCACUGCUGGUGUCACUGCCACUCUGUAUAAUGUCAAGCAAAAACUGGAUGAAAAGAAUAUAAGCAGAGUGCAAAUUAUUCUGCCCAAGAGUAGGACUUGCCUGAUGAAAGCCUUUAUAGACCGUCUCUUCACACAAGUAUAUGCAUUUGAUUAUGAGUUAUUAGAACUCAGUUAUUGUGAGACAGAAAAUGCUUCACAGCCCUCUAAGGAUCAGACGUUUACUGAGAAACAGCUUGAACUUGUGGAGUGUGAUAUUCAGAUCUUCCUGGGAACCCUACCUGGCAAAGGAGAAAUGACUAUUCUUAAGUCCCCUUUAAUACCAGAGAAUACUUUCAAUCAUGGAUUUACCACACGCUGCGGUGGUGUGUCGUACAUUCCCGAGCUCUCUUCCUUGAACCUCUAUUCUAGCAACAACAGAAAAGACUCCCCUGCUGUGGUCAGUGAGAACCUGCGUCGUCUGUCCAUGGCUGUUGGCUUUAAUCACAAAAACUUCCAUCUUGUGAAGGCGGCUCAUGCCAGUGAUGUUUGGAUCAUGGGAAAGAACGAACCUGACAGCUAUGAUGGGAUAGUAACCAAUCAGAAAGGUGUGACAGUAGCAGCUCCUGGGGCAGACUGUAUACCUAUGCUUUUUUCCGAUCCUGUAAAUAAAGCGUUUGGUGCUGCUCACUCAGGUUGGAAGGGCACCUUGCUAGGAAUCUCGAUGGCCACAGUGAACGCCAUGAUAUCAGAAUACGGUAGUGAUGUGAAAGACAUACUAGUAGUCCUGGGCCCAUCAGUGGGACCGUGCUGCUUCACAUUAACUCGGGAGGAAGCCAAAGCCUUUUAUGACAUCGACCAACAGUGUGUCCGUCAGCUUGAGUCCUCCAACCCUAAUGUUGAUAUCAGAAAAGCAACACGAAUCCUUCUGGAACGUGGUGGAAUUCUGCCCACGAACAUUGAAGAUAAACUGGCAUUGUGCACCUCCUGUAACCAGGACCUUUUUUUCUCACAUACCCGAGAUGGAGAGAACUUUGGGACCCAGAUUGGAUUUAUUGCUGUCAAGAAUUAACUGCCCACUUUUUGCCAUGUUCUCUGUUAAUGUUAGUAUUUUAUGUUCAUUUUAUUUAUUUUUGUCUUUUUGUUAUUUUGCUUUUAUAGAUAAUUUCUUUCAUUAAAUGACCAAACAAUUGCGGCAUAUAUAACAUAGAUUGUCAAAAGAAUUUCCUUCUUAAAUGGACAUAAUCACUUGUAUAUAUGAGCACUUGUAGUAUUUUUAUUUUGUUAUUUCAACCACAUGGCAGCCCACUCUGUAAUAGUACAACAGGCAGGGGUCUUUGGAGGACCUAUGCCAAGCUUUACAGUGCUUAGUUUGCAUGGACACUUUCACUGCUGUAAUACACAGCCAGGAUUCUGUCAGAACUGCUGGGAUUUGAGUUCUCUCCAAUCUUUUAAGCUAUUUAAAGUGUUAAUGUCAUUAUAAAGAAAUUUAAAAAAAACUUUUAGGAAUGUCAAAAGAUUUCAUCAGUCAGGGUCUCAGUGCUUUGCCCUCACGGAUUGCUAGUUCUAGCAAUUGCACUCUUCACUUUCUGCUUCUGUGAUCAUUGCAAGAUAGGCUCUAUAAUAGUCUAUGGAGCCUGUCACUUGCAAAAAGCCUGAUCCAAGUGGUAAGCCAGGCAGUGAAGCGUGCUUUACCCAGCUAUAUCUUGUGAUGAGUGGGUGGUCUUAGCACAGAGCUUGAACAAUUAACUUUUUAACAUGUAUGCAUGAUAUGUCACGGUUUUUUAUAAUGACAAUGCUUUAAACCAGGGGUUCUCAACCAGUGGUACGCGUAGGGGUAUGCCACGGGUUGUGCAGGGGGAACGCCAAUGCGCUGACAAAUACGGCUAUGCAUUGGCCAGUAUUUGUCAGUGCACAGCGGAGAAUUGCCGCGGCAGCGUUCUGUGUAGUAUUGCGGCCAUGGCUACUGUAGGGAGCCGCAUGGUUGCUUGGGAGACGUGUAACCUGGGGAGCGCGGAGAUGCCGCACAGCGCAGGACGACGUGUGCCCUGCCGAACGGGACUCUGAGACGCUCUGUAUACCCAGACAGGCCACACACGGGAUGCGCUGUAUACCCAAAAAGGCUGGGUAAUGUUAAAAAAAUCAAAUAAGAUAAAAAAAAGUGUAAGGGAGGGAGUUUCUUUUUUGUGUAUAUGUGCCCAUGGGGGAUGAGGUGGAG